AAGCGACGGGAUUUGGAGUCGCGGAAGCGCCGCGGCGCGUUUGGUGGCGGCGCGUGGGGUUCGUGGCCGGGUGGCGGGGGCUCGCGCGGCCACAGCGCGCACCCCCUGUGGCCGAGCCUUCCUCCUCGCCCUCGGCAGUGGCGGAGCAUGCUCCGCGCCGGGCUCUCCAGGCCCUCCCGCGCCGUGCCACUGGCGGCCCGAGUGGCGGGGCCCCGCGCGUGACCGUGACUCCCGCCCCGUCAGCCCAGAUCGCAGAACCCGCAGCAGGAUGUUCGUCCUGGUGGAGAUGGUGGACACGGUGCGGAUCCCCCCGUGGCAGUUUGAGAGGAAACUCAACGACUCCAUCGCCGAGGAGCUGAACAAGAAGUUGGCGAACAAGGUUGUCUACAACGUGGGGCUGUGUAUCUGCCUGUUCGACAUCACCAAGCUGGAGGAUGCCUACGUGUUCCCAGGCGACGGCGCCUCGCACACCAAAGUGCACUUCCGCUACGUGGUGUUCCACCCUUUCUUGGAUGAGGUCCUCAUCGGGAAGAUCAAAGGCUGCAGCCCCGAGGGCGUGCACGUCUCUCUCGGCUUCUUCGACGACAUUCUCAUCCCACCAGAGUCUCUGCAGCAGCCGGCCAAGUUCGAUGAGGCGGAGCAGGUGUGGGUGUGGGAGUACGAGACGGAGGAAGGGGCGCACGACCUGUACAUGGACACGGGUGAGGAGAUCCGCUUCCGGGUGGUGGACGAGAGCUUUGUGGACACGUCCCCCACGGGGCCCAGCUCGGCCGAGGCCGCCGCGUCCAGCGAGGAGCUGAAGAAGGAGGCCCCGUACACCCUGCUGGCCUCCAUCAGCGAGCCAGGCCUGGGCCUUCUCUCCUGGUGGACGAGCAGUUAGCAGCUGGCCAGGCCACGGACGCCCCCCACCCGCCCCCUGGACUGCCUCUGUGAAAGCAUGUUUAAUAAACAAGGACACUAGUGCCUGUGGCGCC